AUGGCCUCCAACCUACUGAUUAUUCUAAUUGCGAUGGUUUACAGCUCGAUUCCUAGGUUCGAUGCCACUCUACCCUCCGGAAUAGAGCUUCGCCGCAGCGGUCGAGAGAUUUGGCUGUGCCCGGAGGUGUUGGGAGACUUGGGCUUCUUCGGCCCCCGGCGUAGCGGCAUUCGACUGGCACUCACACGCAGGCAAGGCUUGAACUACCCGGCCCAUAUGGAGUGGGCUUUGUCUUAUGGCCAUCUCCUGCCAGACACCUUCGGGGUUGCACACCUCGAUCGCUCUUCCGCUUUGGCCUUUUGUGCCGGGGAGGACGUCGAGCCGCUUUGGACCUCAGCUGCAGCUGUGGCAGAGGAGGGUUCACAGGCGGUGGUGAAGUAUGACGACUUGGUCCUAGGGCUCGGCCGCUGGGGCAGCAGCGGCCUUCGCAACGACCUGCCGCCACAGUGGCGCUGCCCAGACCUGGUUCUGUAA